AUGCAGUCACUGGAGCAAGUGCUCGACCACAUCCCCGCGCAGUGGGCCAGGGACGCUGGACAGUUCUUUCAAGACAGGAUCGAGGAAAUCACCCAGACCCCAGUGAAGGUGGGCAUCGAGGAGUGCUCGAUGGAGCCACGGGUCUAUCGCCACCCCGCCUUCCCCUCGGUCGAGUUCUGGGACCCUCCGGGGUGCGGCACUGUCAAUUUCCCAAUCGAGGAAUACGCCGAGCGAGUGGGGUUGGCCAUGUUCGACUUCUACAUCAUCAUGGACUGCCGCCGCUUCAGGAGUACGGACGUCUUCCUGGCGAACCUGAUUGAAGUGGAGUACCGCAAGCCGUUCUUCUUCGUGCGUUCCAAGGUCGACGUGGACGUCGACAGCGAGAGGCGGCGCGCCAAGGCCAACCGCGUGCCAUUCGACCCGAAGCAGGUCCUCGAGAAGCUGCGCAGCGGCAACAUCAAAAAGACUCUGGGAAAUCGGGCUGACCAGGCACAUGCGAUGUGA